AUACUUCUACAGUAAUAUAACACGAUCUAGUAAUUCCAUAACGCGUGUUUUUCGUUCUUUAAAUAAGCGUGUCUGAGAAGAACGGAAAUACCUAGAUUUUCGGGUUAAAUUGCUGUUUUGUUAUUCUUUAGUUUAUCAUUACUCUCGACUAAUAAAGAUAUCAGUUUGCAUCAGGCGGUAAACCUCGUACUAUGACCAUUGCAUAGGCAUACUCUUUCGUAACGAGACAUUUCAUAAGUGGGUGUGUGAUUAAAACGCAUAGCGUGAUUGUUAAUUUCUAAAGCAGCCAAGAGUGAGCGACUCGGACAAAAACAAGCUUUCGUCAAGAAGGAACACAGCCUUGUGUUUUUCUUAGUGGAAAGCAGUCCACUCUUGAUCGAAACUUCAGAUUCCAUGGUAACAAUCUUCUGUGAAGGACAACAAGGUCAAUUUUAGAUUACACAUCUUGACAAACUUUCAAACUCCAGUUACCAUCGUAACAAUCGUUUGUGAAGGAUAACAAGAUUCCAAACUUCUUUAAGCAACUUCUCAAGGUGCGUGCACAAAGAUUCAGACCAAUGCUGAAGCCGGUUGACGACUCUCUACUUUCUCCGACCCCAGCCAGUGUAAGAACUUGUACACGCCGAAUCACCAUGACCUUCUUUUUGCUGGUAGCUCUUAUUGUCAAUAAGUUUGGUUGUGCGUACACUGAACAGACAGUGGAUUAUCCUCCAAGUGUGACGUCUGAACAGUGGGGAUCGUCUUCUGCAGAACUUCCAAGCGUGCAUGAGGAACGGAUGAUGUCUGUGACCGCACAGUGGGAUUCAUUACGUGCCGAACGGGAAUUGAAGCCCACCACCACUACUCAUAUGCCAAAGGAAUCUGUAAAAUGUCGGAAUCAGAGAGGAUUCUAUAUUAAAGAUAUAUAUGAGUAUGACGCAUGCGCAUGGUGUUACCAUUUCAUGCCAGAUUGGGCGUUCCACACGGACAAUCCUAAGUUUGAAUACGUCAGUGUAGGAACUUUAAAAGACCCACUAACAAACAAGACAUAUCUAGCUGAGACGAAGAACCGUAGUCAUCUGAUUUUUGACACGUUUUUGUCAAAACGCUAUGCUGAAAACUGGGUCUCCUGCUGUAAAGCUGCUGCUAAAUGUUGUGAUGAAAUGACUUCCACACCUGUCACCGUUAAUGAUAAAAAAUACUGUCCGAGGACUUGGGACGGCUGGAACUGCUGGCCAGACACUCCUGGGGGUAAAACGGCUUUAGCCGUGUGUCCUGAUCACGUCUACUUCAAGAGUGAGCCUCCAAAUUGCGCUCGCUACGCAAAAAAACAGUGUUGGAAGAAUGGCACGUGGUUUAUCAAUAAAUACAACACCGAAUGGACGAACUACUCGCAAUGUGGGAUUGUAAAGAAUCUCCAGAACAGGCUGUAUUUUCAAGUUGCUACUUUUGCUGUUAGUAUAUUCGUUUUGAUUCCUGCUAUCAUCAUUUUUUCUGUGUACAAGCAACUUCAGGUACACCGAAUCACGAUGCACAAGCAUCUCUUUUUGGCCCUGCUGAUGAACGGUAUCUUCGUCAUCACAUUUACCUCUGUUGUCUUGAUGGAUGAGUCUGACAAAGAAGAGUCUAUAUUGAAACAGAAUGGGGCUGUAUGCAAGAUGCUUCUGAUCCUGAAGAACUACUUUCGUAUGACAACGUACAUGUGGAUGUUAUGUGAGGGGUUCUACCUGCAUAAGCUGAUAGCAGCAGCCUUUGCUGAACAGAAAAAUCUUCUAAUGUUUUACAUUAUUGGUUGGAUAUUUCCGUUACUACCGAUCAGCAUCUACGGGAUCAUACGGAAGAUCUUGGCUGAUGAUAACUGCUGGGCCAUCCCGGAGGAGAGGUAUGAAUGGAUUAUGAAUACUCCAAAUCUGCUGAGUCUGUUGUUGAAUUUGGCUUUCCUAUGUAACAUCAUCCGUGUUCUUGUGACGAAGCUACGAGCAGCCCACACAAAUGAGCCAAGUCAGUUCAGAAAGGCUGUACGAGCUACGUUGGUUCUGGUUCCUUUGUUUGGGCUCCACUUUACUCUGGUCAUCUACAGGCCAGAUAGUGGUAGUUGUGGAUGGAUUGAAGCUUAUUUCUACUUGAGUUACGCUAUGGACGGCUUGCAGGGUUGCUUGGUGGCUCUGAUAUUUUGCUACCUGAAUGGAGAGGUACAGUGUCUAUUGAAGAGAUCGUAUCACCGGUUUAAACUCAAAAGAAGUUUGGAAGGAAGUACCGCGUGCCACCACAACGCUUCCCGAAAUCCCAGAAUAUCUACAACUACACAAGUUACGUAUAUCACAGAAGGCAGUAGAUCAAAUAUCGCGUGUGUCAAUAAUGGUAGCGCAGAGUUUCAAAUGAAGUAAAACCCACGUUUAUGUUUCGCUAUAAUUAGGAAGGUGAGAAUGAGAGAUGGUACAUAAAACACGUGCAUGUUUUAUGAUCUGUACACGCCAGUUGCGUCACUUCAAGUAAUUAAUUGGCAUCUUCUGUAAAGACUAAAAAUGUUUCCUACAACUUUUUUUUUGAAGUGCAGUAUCAUUUGAUAUCUUCAGAUCUUUAACAGGUGUUGGUCGCUUUAAAAUAUCUUGUACUCUGUAGAAUCUAAGUUCACGAUUCUAAUAAUUUUCUUCAUAAAUGAACCAUUAACAUUACUGGUUUGGUGUUUUGGUAAUUUUGUGUGCCAAACGGAGUGAUAUCACGUUUGACCUGUAUAACACUGUGAACACUGAUCUUCUUGAUAUUAUAGUGUUAUUGCUAAUUGUGGUAAUUGUAGUUGUUGCGGCAGUAUUUAUCGAGCAGUACAAACCCUGCUGGCCUGUUAGCGUUCUGACGUGUUCAGUCUCUGAAUCGUAUUAGCUUCCUGACAGUGGCGUGUAUUGUUGUAGUGUACUAACUAAAUUUUUAUUGUCACAAACUUCUCCAUAAACUUUUCUUGCGUUACUAGUAAUUACAUAUUGUACGUGAAUAUGGAUUCUCGUGUUUUAAACAUUUGAUAAUAUUUCACAUUUCUGAAGGCAAACAAGUAAAUCUUGUGUGUGAAAUCGAUGUCGUAAAAGUAUUGGUUAUCGGCUUUAUUAUCCUAUAUUAAUUCGCGUAGUGUGCUAGUUUCUUUGACCGUUUUGGAACUAGCAGAACCAAACUUGGCAAGUGAACUUUGAAUGUGCUGGGAGAUGUACUUGCCUACAUGGCGUAGCCCCCAACAAAGAGGGUUUAAAACGCGAAGGAAGGUCACCCAGCCAUGAGGAAAUUUAGGAGGAGGUUUUCGGGUCAUUUAAUCCGUUGCCAGUGAUUCCAGGAUCGCCGUAUUUGGAACUGUGUUCGUAUUCCCCAUACACAAGCUAGCGAGACCAAAAUUUGCACACGUGCUCCGGUACUACAGGCGGGGGUCCUAACGAAUUAUUUUUUUUUAUUUUGAGAAGCUGUAGAAGUAAUUGAGGGUAAUGGAGGAACUUGAUCGGUACACUAGAGACGUUUUAAAUCAAGAGGGGGCCCUUUGAACCCAGCAGCGGAGCGUGGUAUUUUAUGUUUAUGUAAUAUAAUGCUUGAUUAACAGGGGAGACGUUGUUUUAUUUUUAUUCGAUGUUUUGAAGACCAUGUAUAUAUCAAAAUAUCACAAGAAUGAUGUCUGAAGUACGAAUAUGUUAUAAACUCCUUUGCUUUCACAACUGUACUUUAUUUGGAGAACUAAACACAUAUAUCAACUUACGUUACUGCUAUUACAAUUUGAUCCCUAAGAGCCCUUCCUUGAACUUAGAUAUCUUUAUUGUGACAAAUAAAUUUAACAACUGUAUUUAUAUCAACUAAAAAAACAUUUUUUUUCUGUAAAAGCAUUAGAAUCAGAAACACGUUGAAAGUGUCUUGGGAUGGUUUGAACGAUAUAUACAAAUAACCGAAUUUUGAACAUUAUGAUACGAGUGUUUUCGUCUUCGUUGAUGACAAGAAUGCAUUAUUGAGACAUAUCCUUAAAAGACAGUAUAAUCCCAGGUUAACUAUAUUCUGCCAAUAUAAAAUCACACCUUUGAGUCAAGCUUUUGUAGUAUGAAUUUGAUACCUUUAAAUCAAGCUCUGCUACUAUGAAGUUGAUGCAUUGAAUCAAGUUCUGCUACUAUGAGGUGAUAUCUUUGAAGCAAGUUCAACCAAUAUGAAAUGGAUACCUUUGAAUCAAGCUUUUUUAGUAUGAAUUUGAUACCUUUAAAUCAAGCUCUGCUACUAUGAAGCUGAUACCUUUGAAGCAAGUUCAACCAAUAUGAACUUGAUACCUUUGAAUCAAGCUCUACUAAUAUUUGGUUGAUACCUUUAAAUCAAGUUCUGCUACUAUGAAGCUGAUACCUUUGAAGCAAGUUCAGCCAAUAUGAACUUGAUAACUUUGAAUCAAGCUCUACUAAUGUAUAGUUAAUGCCUUUGAAACAUUAACUCAUUACUAUUAUUAAAUGGUUUAGCUAAUACAAAUGUUGAUAUGUAUCCUUGAUAAUUGAUACUGAGGACAGACAGAAGCUGCUGGAAAUGGUGAAGAAUUGGAAGACUAAUGAUAGGUUUAAUAUAUAUAUUUGAAGUAAUUUCAUUGUAAUGUGUCCGUCUGUAUUUCAAAAGUGUAUCAAUUCUUAUAUAAUGUGUACCUUUUAGUUUUGUAACUAAGAAAUGUUUGGAGUAGUUCAAUCAUUAUUAGUAGUAGCUCAUUGCCACUUUAGUUGAGAUCACAAUCCUCUUUGGGAGUCUAGCCCUUAAAUUAUUUUAUAUAGGCUUAGCUGUACUUAAUCCUUAAGUGAGUUCUAAUAGAAGGCUCUUCAAUGGGUUCAACAGAGGGCUCUUUUAUAAUAAACUCUUAAGUGAAUUCAUUAGUGGAUUCUUCUGUAAUAGCGUAAAUAACUUCAAUAGAGGCAUCCAACUCUACUAAGUGAUGCGAUGUUUGACAUUGCCACAAAAUAAAGUAAUUGAUACAUUUUAAGAAAUAUUCAAGUUUUGAAAUGCGUUUUCGGAAUAAAUGUUAAAACACUUAUAAGGGCGUUUUAUCAGUUACUUAACGAGAUGUUUGUUUGUUUGUUGCGGCUGAAAGGUCGAGCAUGUUUGGUAUGAUGGGGAUUCGAACCCGCAGAUUGCGAGUCGAGCGCCCUAACCACCUGGCCAUGCCGGGCCUAACAAGAUGUACAUGAUGUUAGUCAAGUAAAUACACUGUCAGUCCCCUGCGAUCAUUCCACCCUCGGAGAACAAUAUGAAGAGUAUUAUUUUGUCUAAAACAUUUAGUCUCUUUGUAAACAAAAAAAUCAAAAUUCUUUAUACUCUCAUUAACCGGAAACAAUGAUUCCAGUCUUAGAUAUUCGAGAACGCUGGUUUGCAGAAAUUACACUGUUAAUUACAUGCAUAUUUCUCUAAGCACAUGUCAAAAAGUUAUGUUAAAGCCACAAGCUCACUCGCUCUCUUUACGGCAUUACUCAAAUGUAAAUUAUAGUUGUAUUUUUUUUUUCACUGAAGAGCUAAUAAGGGACUAUUUGUUGUGAGCUCAACUUUUUUUGUCCUUAAACAUUUCAGACACUUAUUAUAUCAUUAUUCAGUACACUCUAAAUAUUGUCCUACAGGAAAUAUCUUCUACAUCACUCUCAGAAGAGGUUAGACAGAAAGUUAGGUAUUCUUUAUAAUCAAAUAAGUGAUUCUGACAGUUUACCAUGAAAAUUGAAAACAUCUCACAAUAGGUUAACAAAACUUGGAAACAAUACACAAUACUACAGGUUAACAAAACUUGGAAACAAUACACAAUACUACAGAUUAACAGAAAUUGGAAACAAUACACAAUACUACAGGUCAACGAAACUUGGAAACAAUACACAAUACUACAGGUUAACAAAACUUGGAAACAAUACAUAAUACUACAGGUUAACAAAACUUGGAAACAAUACACAAUACUACAGGUUAACAAAACAUGGAAACAAUACACAAUACUACAGGUUAACAAAAAUUGGAAACAAUACACAAUACUACAGGUUAACAAAACAUGGAAACAAUACACAAUACUACAGGUUAACAAAACUUGAAAACAAUACACAAUACUACAGGUUAACAAAACUUGAAAGCAAUACACAAUACUACAGGUUAACAAAACUUGAAAACAAUACUACCGGGUAGCACUCUAACUUUCCAGAAUUUGAUAAAAGGACAACAUGGUAGUGAAUUUAUUUAGCAUGUUUCAAAGAAAUGUUUAGUUUUUUUUUUAUCUAAUAUCCGUUCAAAUCAACCAGAUUAGCCAUUCAAACCAACGAUACUAGACAUCAAGAAGCAUAGGAAC